GCGUGAGAUAAAAUGUUUCUUAAUAUCAACAAUAAUUGGUUAUCUUGUUUUACAUGAAAAACAUUUAUUCUACUACUUGGAACUGGCUAUCUAGGACGGUGUCUACUGCUACAGCACUCACCGUCUCCAAAUACCCCAGCCUUUAUACCUCUCAUCCUCCAACCCAUCCAAACUCGUAAUACGCGACGGUUACCAUCAUUUGGCCACUAAAUAAAUAGCCAACAGUCCUUCCUUCAACUACACACUCCUACGUGAGCUGGCUCAAUUCACAUACCCCCGCCGCUCCCACCCUCCGGUCUUUUCUCUAUCUUCAAUCUGAACAACAUAUCCCGAGUCUUUCCCGUUUACGCUGCACCAUAUUCGACCAAGGUGCCAUGUCUCAUCAGGUCGCCCUCGAUUCAAUCUCGUCCCUCGAGAACAGAAUCUGUCCGGGCUGCAAGGAGUAUGCUGUAAACGAGAAUGGUGGUUUGGUCGUCGCGUUUGGCCAGUCAUUUUUCCACGUCGACUGCUUUAAAUGCGCCAAAUGUCACCAGCAGGUGACCGCUGACACGAAUUUGCUACUGCUUUCAGAUGGCUCCCCAAUAUGCGCCAACUGUUCGUACAAUUGUAAUGUUUGCCAUCAACCCAUCCUCGACGAAGCUAUCAUGACCGGAGACGAUUCAUACCACGCACACUGCUUUAAUUGCAAGGUUUGUCACAACCGAAUCGACGAACUAGUAUUUGCCAAGACCAGUCAUGGCAUCUAUUGCAUGACCUGUCAUAACGAUCGCAUGGCAAAGAUUCGCCGCCAUGCACAGAGAAAGCGCGAACGGGAGAAGGCUGCUGAGGGAAGUGCAUCAUCUUCAACGCGAGAACGAGAGGCACGCGAAAUAUUCGCAGAGAACGCGGUAGUCAUCCCGCCGCCCUCGUCUUUGUCUACGCGUUCAAAGCCUUCCGCCAAGAAUUUUAGGGAUACUCCAUCCAUGAGGAGUCUCAAUCAACCUAGAGAGGAUGCCUUGUCGACGUUAGAACGAAAACGAAAAUCAUCGCCACUUCAAGAUGAACCUCCUCAAGCAUCAGCCAAGAAUGUUGCGCAACCAUCGAUAUUUCCUUCAAGCCCACACCCGAUUCAGUAUAAACUUCCUGCUUCUACACGAUCAUCACGUGAUGCACAAUCACAAUCAUUCGCAGUAACCAUCGCACCUCCCGACAACAACGAUGAUGGUGACGCUGACCAUGCCCAAGUGGUCAUAGUCGACGAUUCAGGCCCAUCGAGCCCACAGGUGUCGUCUCAGUCUGGUCCUAUAACUCCUUUAGAGAGUCUGCAGGCUCAGAACGAAAUCGGAGGGACAUUGCUAAAUCCAUCAUCGACUGCGGAUUCAUCUAGCGCACUUUCCAGGAGAAAGAGCUAUGAUGACGGUGUUCGGCCACUGAACGUCCUCUUCGCAAAGAAAGGACACGCAGAGAAGGAUUCUUUGGACCAGGCUAGCCUGGGCGUACCGAACGGUGUCACGUCUCGCAGUGAGAAACGGCGGUCUAUUAACCCAGGACUUGCUCUUGAUUAUAAGAAUUUGACCCGGCCUUCCACCACAGCCGGACUUUCUCCGCCAGAUCAGAUGAUUCGGUCGCAGACAUUACCUGCAAACCGUAGCGACUCACCUGUCGCUCCAUCUCCGUCCAAGUCAUUCUUUUUCGAUUCCCUCUCAUCUCGCCGGCAAUCCAAUAUCAGUCUACUUCCAACACCUGAUGGUCGUAUGCGAUCAUUGUCGCAUGACCCCCUUCAAACCCACUCCGCACCACAUUAUACCCGCUCGACGACCCAAUUACAUCGGUUAAGUCCCAAUUUGGAGAAAGCUACUUGUCCAGACUCGCAGAAUCAUGCAAGAAACUCGGCAAACGGCCUACAUACUCAGCAAGUUGACGGGCGUCUGUCCCCCUCUGGCCAUUCAAGCGAGAAAACAUUGCGCAUUGAUAGUGCACCCAGUGGGUCGAUGUCAGAUCGCACUGGCGUAGUUACUCCAACAUCCCCGUGUCAUAGAGCGGAUGUCCCUCACGGUAUUGAAAGUGGUACAGACACGGACGCAGAAGGGGAUAGCAGUCGCAGGUCCUCAGACGAUAGUCCUUCACCCACUACUCCUGCUCCUCCUGUCCCACCCAAAGAGCACAGGGCAAAGGCACGUGCAAAUGAGCUCAAGUUAGACAUUGAUCCCGAUGCAUCUGCCAUGUCGCAUAUGGAUUCUAACUCGGAUGAAUCUUCGCCGGUUGAACGCACAUCAGUAGCAACGUUUAUAGCGCCCGCCCUUCUUCCUCCUAUUCGCUUUUCCAUGACAGGCUCGGACUUCUCAGACUUUCUGAGGUCGGUGGGCGGAAUGCCAUCUCUCAAAUCGCUCGAUCAGAUUGCUGAGGGAGAUGAUUCUCGCAAGGAUGAAUUGUUGCCUAGUCCAGCAGCAGUUAGCGGCGCCAAUGGAAAGUCACGAAACUCGAGGAGUGUGGCUAAUGAUAAGGAUCCUCUGGCACAAGCCAUUCCCACCACAUCCCGACAGCCGCAUGAUCAUCAACGAGAUCCCUCGAAUUGUUCUCAACCACUUGAUGCUGAGGCGAAAGAUCUACUUUCAAGCUCAUUUCGUGACUUCUCGUCAAGAGGCCGCUCUUCUUCCGAGUCGCACUAUCCUUCUCUUCACGGUAAUGCAGCAAGGCACGAGAGGCUGGACUCGAAUGCAUCUUUGGAUCCCAAUGCGCGCAUCGUCGUCACUUCGCCUGAUUCAACCAUAUCAACGCCUAUUUCUAGCGAUUCAUAUGACCUUAUGAUUCGUCGCCUUCAUGAGGUUCUUGAUGAUGCAAGCGAACAUGGCUAUCAGCAAUUAAGAUUGGACAAGAAGUUCGUUGGGACCAUUAUUACGUCGAUGAAGCAGCGACGGAUAGAAUACGAAGAGCUCAAACACAAGUAUGACGGCACAAAGAGGGCGAGCCAGCAAUAUAUGGAGGGUCUUACUGUUGCCCAGAAGGAGCAUGACCGCGAACUUGUUGCUCGACGGAAUGCCGAAGCAGAGGUCACCCGCCUGCGUGUUUUGCUGUCUGGUCAAGCUGCGAAGUUGACUGCUCUCAACGGCGAGGCGAACAAGUCAGAAACACGACGACAGCUUUCUCAGGAGCUUGCCAAAAAGCUGGAUCUGUUGGAGCACGAUCUGUCUCAUCUGAAAGCGGAACGAGAUAUGACUUUAGCAGAGCUUGAAGAACUUUGCGCGUCAAAGAAUUGCCCUAGCGUUACAAACUCGGGCGAAAUACCUGCCGCACAGAUGAGCCGGUCUUUGACCAUGCGUUUGGACAACAUCAAGAUGCAGUAUCAGCAUGAGCUCAUUCCUCUCACGCAGCAGCGCGAGGCUCUCAUUAGGGAUGUGGCAGAGUUGAAAGCCGCCCGCGAACAAUUCCUCGAGGAGACCACUGUCCUUAACGCUCGAAACGAAGAACUGGCCCAGCUCAGUGCUCAGUACGUGCGUCGAAUAGAGGCCUCUCGCUCUGCAACACCUACUAUGGACGUCAUUGGGACGAAGGACGAAUCAGUACCAAACUACGUUAGCGAGAAGAGCCCAUCGUUUGACCGCGAACACUCUCAGUCUGAGUUCCCAUCAAGGUCUUCAUCACUCAAUGGCGUGGCAGCGCCCAGCACGACAACGUUGGUUGAGGAAUCGGAGGCCAAGUUCAAUAAGGCUAGCCGCCCCGAGAUAGCAGAUUCAUUGCCUUCGACGCUGAAGUCUGCAAAGUUUAAGUGGCCUAUGGCUAGAGGUCGGGAUCCCUCGCUUUCGUCUAUUGAUCAGAUGGGCAAAGGUCGAGUGGCUCAUUCUUUCAACCAGACGAGCGUACUCCGCUUUACGCGGUGCGAUCAUUGUGGAGACAAGCUAUGGGGCUCCCAGUUUCGAUGCUCAGUCUGCCAUAUAUCCGUACAUCCUCGCUGCGUGAAUCAAGUGUGUGUAGCAUGUUCUCAACAGCCCCCUCGCCGCGAUGAUGCGAUUGCACAACCUCGUGAUCAGACAUUAGCUCCCUCCAUGUUUGGCCGCGAUCUUAUAGAACAAGUGAAAUCGGAUUCGAGGCGGGGUGAACGGAAAGCCCCUGUUAUUGUGGAGAAAUGCAUUGACGCGGUGGAGGCACUCGCACUGGACUACGAGGGUAUCUAUCGCAAAACAGGCGGUUCUGGACAAACGAAAAUGAUCACGCAGUUAUUCGAGCGAGGGGACUAUGGAGCAUUCGAUCUGCGUGACGACGAUCGGUUCAAUGAUAUCUGCAGCGUCACUUCCGUUUUAAAGACAUAUUUCCGUCAACUACCUGUCCCUCUUUUGACUUAUGACCUUCAUGGAGAAUUUAUCUCAGCCGCCUCACUCAAGGAUCCCGGGCUGAAAACCCAGUACUUGCAGGAAUUGGUCAACCGCCUUCCCAGCGAGCACUAUCACACUCUACGCCUGCUUGUAUUACAUUUACACCGUGUAUUAGAACACAGUGACAAAAAUCUCAUGAAUGCGAGGAACUUGGGGGUGGUCUUUGGACCCACGCUGAUGCGUUCUUCCGAUCCUGGCUCUGAGUUCAGCGACAUGGCUGGCAAGGCCAUGCUGAUUGAAUGGCUCGUAGAUAACGCACCCACCAUUUUCCAGUCGCAAGUAUCCCGUUGAUUUCUCACAUAUUAUGCCGGAUGGACUUUCCAUAUGUUAUUGUAUACUUCGUAUUUUCUCGCGUACUGUGGCAUAUGUCUUUAUGGUUGUCAUUUGCUUAUUGUCGGGUAGUGUAUCUGCCCAAUACCUCUUAGCUGGAGAUCGGACAAGGCGCGCUUCGACGCUUCGACCCUAACCUAUAACUUAUACAUGGUAUGUACUUUAUUCGAAACGGCCAUUCAAGAUACUGUUUCGUCUAACCUUUGAAUUGGCAACAGCAGUGUAGAUAUCGGGUUGCUGUCGUCGGAUACUUGAAAAUAUUCAA